AUGAUAUUUGGGACUAUUACAAAUCAAGAUCUGCCUGUGAUCAAGUGUGUUUUAAUCAAUCAUAAGAACAAUGAUUCAUCAGUGGGGAAGUCAUCAUCGUAUCCCAUGGUGUCAGAAUCCCCAGAAGACCUUGGGUGCGUGCUGAGACCUGAGAGUGCCAGGGCAGUGUAUGAAGCUGCGGCUGUGGAAGUGGACGCAUCUGCGUCUGUCACACUGCAGGUGCUGGUCAGCAUCCCAGGGAACAUCUCCUGUCUCUGGGUCUUUAAACACAGCUCCCUGAAUUGCCAGCCUCACUUUGAUUUACAAAACAGAGGAGUUGUCUCCAUGGUCAUUCUGAAAAUGACAGAAACCCAAGCUGGAGAAUACCUACUUUUUAUUCAGAGUGAAGCUGCCAAUUACACAAUAUUGUUUACAGUGAGUAUAAGAAAUACACUGCUUUACACAUUACGAAGACCUUACUUUAAAAAAAUGGAAAACCAGGAUGCCCUGGUCUGCAUAUCCGAGAGUGUUCCAGAACCAAUUGUGGAAUGGCUGCUUUGCGAUUCACAAGGCGAAAGCUGUAAAGAAGAAAGUCCAGCUGUUGUUAAGAAGGAGGAAAAGGUACUUCAUGAAUUAUUUGGAGCAGACAUAAGGUGCUGUGCAAGAAAUGAACUGGGCAGGGAAUGUACCAGGCUGUUCACAAUAGAUCUAAAUCAAACUCCUCAGACCACACAGCCACAAUUAUAUCUUAAAGUGGGGGAACCCUUGUGGAUAAGGUGCAAAGCUGUUCAUGUGAACCAUAGGUUUGGGCUGAGCUGGGAAUUAGAAAACAAAGCCCUCAAGGAGGGCAGCUACUUUGAGAUGAGUACCUAUUCAACAAACAGAACUAUGAUACGGAUUCUGUUUGCUUUUGUAUCAUCAGUGGGAAGAAAUGACGCUGGAUAUUACACUUGUUCCUCCUCAAAGCAUCCCAGUCAGUCCGCUUUGGUUACCAUCCUAGAAAAGGGAUUUAUAAAUGCUACCAAUUCAAGGGAAGAUUAUGAAAUUGACCAAUAUGAAGAGUUCUGUUUUUCUGUCAAGUUUAAAGCAUACCCACAAAUCAGAUGCACAUGGACCUUCUCUCGAAAAUCAUUUCCUUGUGAACAAAGUGGUCUUGAUGAUGGAUACAGCAUAUCUAAGUUUUGCAACCAUAAACACCAGCCAGGAGAAUAUAUAUUCCAUGCAGGAAAUGAUGACGCUCAAUUCACCAAAAGGUUCACGCUGAACAUAAGAAGGAAACCUCAAGUGCUCGCCGAGGCAUCCGCGAGCCAGGCGUCUUGUUCCUCGGAUGGAUACCCAUUACCAUCUUGGACCUGGAAGAAGUGUUCAGACAAGUUUCCCAACUGCACAGAAGAAAUCACAGAAGGCGUUUGGAAUAAAAAGGCUAACAGAAAAGUGUUCGGACAGUGGAUUUCAAGCAGUAUCCUAAACAUGAGUGAGGCUGUGAAAGGGCUCCUGGUCAAGUGCUGCGCAUACAAUUCUGUUGGCAUAUCUUGUGAAACAAUCCUUUUAAACUCACCAGGCCCCUUCCCUUUCAUCCAAGACAACAUCUCAUUCUAUGCAACAAUUGGGCUUUGUCUCCCCUUCAUUGUUGUUUUAACCAUGCUAAUCUGUCACAAGUACAAAAAGCAAUUUAGGUAUGAAAGCCAGCUGCAGAUGGUGCAGGUGACCGGCUCGUUGGACAAUGAGUACUUCUACAUUGAUUUCAGAGAAUAUGAAUAUGAUCUCAAGUGGGAGUUUCCAAGAGAAAACUUAGAGUUUGGGAAGGUACUAGGAUCAGGUGCUUUUGGAAAAGUGAUGAAUGCAACAGCGUAUGGAAUUAGUAAAACAGGAGUCUCAAUCCAGGUCGCAGUCAAAAUGCUGAAAGAAAAAGCAGACAGUUCUGAAAAAGAGGCGCUCAUGUCAGAACUCAAAAUGAUGACUCACCUGGGAAACCAUGAGAAUAUUGUGAACUUGCUGGGGGCAUGCACACUGUCAGGACCAAUUUACCUGAUUUUUGAAUAUUGUUGCUAUGGUGAUCUUCUCAACUAUCUAAGAAGUAAAAGAGAAAAAUUUCACAGGACAUGGACGGAGAUUUUCAAGGAACACAAUUUCAGUUUUUACCCCCCUUUCCAAUCAAAUCCAAAUUCCAGUAUGCCUGGUUCAAGAGAAGUUCAAAUACACCAGGACUCGGAUCAGAUCUCAGGGUUCAAUGGGAAUUCAUUCCAUUCUGAAGAUGAAACUGAAUAUGAAAACCAAAAAAGACUGGAAGAAGAAGAGGAUUUGAAUGUGCUUACAUUUGAAGAUCUUCUAUGCUUUGCAUAUCAAGUUGCCAAAGGAAUGGAAUUUCUGGAAUUUAAGUCGUGUGUCCACAGAGACCUGGCAGCCAGGAAUGUGCUUGUCACCCACGGGAAAGUGGUGAAGAUAUGUGACUUUGGAUUGGCUCGAGAUAUCAUGAGUGAUUCCAACUAUGUUGUCAGAGGCAAUGUGAGGCUGCUUAAGAGUGUGAACCCUUACCCUGGCAUUCCAGUUGAUGCCAACUUCUAUAAACUCAUUCAGAGUGGAUUUAAAAUGGAUCAGCCAUUUUAUGCUACGGAAGAAAUAUACUUUAUAAUGCAAUCCUGCUGGGCUUUUGAUUCAAGGAAACGGCCGUCCUUCCCUAAUCUGACUUCAUUUUUAGGAUGUCAGCUGGCAGAUGCAGAAGAAGCGAUGUAUCAGAACAUGGAUGGCCAUAAUUCAGAACAUCCUUCCAUCUACCAAAACAGGCGACCUUUUAGCAGAGAGAUGGAUUCAGGGCCACCCUCUCUACAGGCUCAGGUUGAAGAUUUGUAGAGAAACAAUUUAGUCUUAAGGACUUCAUCCCCACCCCCACGCCCCCGCCUACCUUAAACAGGCUGUAGAUAACCAAAACAAGAUUUAUUUCAUCAUUAAAAGAAAAUAUAUUACCAACUGCUGCUUCGCCGGACUUUUCUCUAGAAGCUGUCUGCAUUUACUCUUGUUUUGAAAAGGACUUUUGUAAAAUCAAAUCAUGGUGUGUGCAAGGCAGGAGGAGCCAGUAAUUCACUUCAUUGGAGCGCUGACCUGCGUCCAAGGCUUUUCAGGCUGGCUUGGGUGGAAAUUGGGUACCCGAAAUGUAGUAUAUUCUUGUAAAUACACAAAGCAAACCACUUGCUAAGGAGAAGCUAAUAUGAUUUUUUAAAAUCUAUGUUUUAAAAUAAUAUGUAACUUUUUCAGCUAUUUAGUGAUAUAUUUUAUGGAUGGAAAUAAAAUUUCUACUAUAGAAAA